CGGUCGGGUUGGAGAGCCAAAAAGCAGCGCAGCUAGUCAAGAAUGCCUCCUCGUCCAGGCGAGUUCGAUUUUUUCUCCGGUUGUAAUCUUCGGUCGUUCGGUUGGUCGGAUGUCUCUCCGUAAUAAUUAGGAAGCAAAGAAAACAAAAUCAAGUGUUCUGAAGUGAAGUUAAAGCAUUCGCCUAGCAGGAUACGGAUAUAUCCAUCGGGAUAAAAAUACGCAUAGGAUAACAAAAUGGAUGAGCGAUUGCUGAACGACUUGCUGGAGUGCUCCGUAUGUUUGGAACGGCUAGACACGUCCUCCAAGGUGCUACCCUGUCAGCAUACGUUCUGUAGAAAAUGUUUGGAGGAAAUUGUGGCCAGCCACCAGGAGCUUCGGUGCCCAGAAUGUCGAGUGUUGGUGGAAAUCAAAAUCGACGAACUGCCGCCAAAUGUGCUGUUGAUGCGGAUCUUAGAAGGUAUGAAAACAGCUGAGCUGAACAAUCAAAACACAAACAUAAACAAAGCGGCCCGGACCGGCGUCGGAGGUGGCAGCGGGAACAUCUUCAACCUACAAUUGCAGCAGCAAAAUCACCCAAGCAUAGCGUACCAUCAUCAAGGUUCUUCGAAUCAUCAACAUCAGCAGCAGCAGAAGAACAAUAAAAACGAUCAACUGCAUCACCAUUCGCAUCAAGGUCGCAUCAUCGCAGGAAAUGCGCUAGAUUUAUCGAAAAUCCCACACGCGAAGGCAUUCUACGACUUCGCCUCCAGUGAAACCAGUGACAUCAGCUUUAAAAAGGGCGACAUCGUCAUCCUGAAGAAGAAAAUCGACCACAACUGGUGCGUCGGGGAAGUCAACGGAAAAGAAGGUGCUGUUCCGUUGAACCACUUGCAAGUGAUAGUGCCGCUACCGUAUCCUCAGUGUAAAGCGCUGUACGAUUUCAGCAUGGGACCGAACGACGAGGAAGGCUGUCUGACGUUCAAAAAAGGAGCUCUCAUCCACGUGCUUCGGCGGGUGGACCAAAACUGGGCCGAAGGGCGGAUAGCAGAUAAAAUAGGAAUUUUCCCAAUUUCUUUCGUUGAGAUGAAUAGUCUGGCGAAGCAUAUGAUGGAUUCGGCGUUGAAACAUAUUUUGGCCAGCGCUUCAAACAAUCGAACUGUCCCUCCGACACCUUUCGACCUCAAUGCCAGUGAUACGACCAGUUCGAGUGUAACCACCAGUCCUAAUACUUCCAACAGCACAACCAGUUCUAAUUCCAGUACAGCACCAAGUAGUCCUACGUCUAAUUUCUUAACUACAUCAACCGCUGCUUCCACGACGGUAGCAGGGAGUAAUUCCAGCAGUAAAGAACAUCAUAAGGAGAAACGUCACUCUCUAACGACCUUUGUAGCUAGUUCUAGUGCGGGUAUUGCUAAUGUCGGAGGACCUCUGAAUCACCCUAAUCGCCACUCCGCUGAAAUUUUGAGCACACCUGAUGCGGAUCGACAACAACAGCCAUCAUCUCAUCCGCCGAGUACGGUGCCGAUUGCGUCCUCCGAUCUGCCACAACAGUCGAGCCGACCUGAUAUGCUUAACUAUCAGAAGUCGAAUGCUGCAAAGGCCGCUAGUCAAUAUUACCAACAUCAGCUGCCCCAACUACCCGCUACCUACAUCGCUCUCUACCCGUACAAACCCCAGAAACCGGACGAACUAGAGCUGAAAAAAGGAUCGAUCUAUUACGUCACCGAACGCUGUCAGGACGGUUGGUUCAAGGGCGCCAACCGGCAGCAAAAGUCUGGAGUUUUCCCUGGUAAUUACGUUACCGUGUACAAGGGCCGUGAAGUUGGCCACUCCAGCCAAUCCAAGCACACAAACAGCCAGGGACUAUCCCCCUGUACCACUGCCUCUACCAACACCACUUCCGGGGUCCAGAAUCCGUCCAAUAACCUAGCCCAAAUCACACUGCCUGCCUUACCCCCACGGGACGCUACUAUUACCAACAGUCCCUCAUCUGCCGCUGUUGCGGGCCCAUUGUGGACCAAACAGCAACAACAGCAGCAUCCCAAUCAAUCGGGAUACAUAGAUUCCCUCUUUGGAAGGAAAUCUGGAAGUGCACCCCCAGAUAGGAACACCGCUGCUGCAGCCGGAGCAGAACCUUCGCCGAGUGCAGCAACUGCACAACCGGUCAAGGAGAAGAAGGAUUCGUCGGCGGUCAGUUUGAUGAAGCGGCUGACCAAUAUUAAGCGAUCAAAAUCUCCGACUUCUGGCAGCAGUGGUACUACCAACCCGGCUUACUCCAUGGAUAACCCCGUGUUUGAGGAUAGUUCUUUGCCGAGUGCUGCACCUAUGAAGAACAACCUACAACAAAUUAUCAAUCCGGUACAUGUGAGAUCUGGUUCGUGUCCGAGUCAACUUCUUCAAAAUCUCCCAGUCGACGUACUGUUAGCGCAAGGCCGCGAAAAUGUUCCUUAUAUGUAUGGCUCCCAACGGGUCAAACCCCACAAAGAGCGACCUUCCAUGCAUGGUCUCAAAGCUGAAGCCACCGGUAAGCUUCCCUCAAAACAUGCGGCUGCUGCAGGUUCAGCAGCACAGCAACAGCAACAAUCUCACGAAGCGCCCGCCUCGACCUCGUCGGCGUCCCAUGGACCGAAGCAAUCUCAUCCAUAUCACCGGAAAUCUCAAAGCCUGGACGCCUCUGCUAUCAUCUCCCACAUGAACGGGACGCCAUCCAAGUCCAAGGGGCACUCGCAGACGGUCCGAGAGAGAUUCAAAUGCAUCGUUCCUUAUCCACCGAACAGUGAGUACGAGCUGGAGCUUCGUGUCGGAGACAUAGUGUUGGUGCACAAGAAGCGUGAUAAUGGUUGGUACAAAGGCACGCACCAGCGUUCUGGCAAAACCGGCCUGUUCCCGGCAUCCUUCGUCGAGCCCGCAGAAAAAUGAUAUCGUAACUAGGAGGCAUCGUUGGAAUGAAUCUGUUAGUUUUAUUUUCUACUUAUGGUUAGUAGUCUCCGAGGCACUGAUUAAGUGCAGCACCCAACAGUGGUAUAAUCAAAAGUCGGUAUUAAUAGUGGUCGUAUCGUGUAGCAAAGAGUCAGUAUGUGUUUUAUGUUUUUUUUUUAUUUGUCUCUACUAGUGGUAGAACAAGAGUAUUUAGCAAUCCUUAGGUAAGCGAAAGAAAUACAGUAUGAUUGAAGCAAAUUUUAGGGCAACAUUGAAUUAGGCCAACAAAAAGUGCAAAUUUGUACCUAAUUUUUAUCUUAUUGGGUCUUUUAAAGUCUGAAUCGUAAAUUUAAAUGAACAGUUUUAGGAACGUUAAACUUAAAUCCUGAUGAUGAUAUAAUCAACCAUAACAGUUGUAGGCAAUUGUUAGCAUGACAACAAAAUUUUAUACAAUUCAGAUUAAAUUUAAAAAAUACAACCUAUUGUUUUCGUAAAAACGCUCUGUAAUCGUUGUUUGUGUCUGUCUUUCUAAGCAACUUUCGUGUGUCUGUCUUUGUAUGUAUAAGUUUAUAGAUCAAAGCUCAUUCCGCUAACUUGAAAAAGCAAACAUGUUGUUGUACAAAUUUUCUCAACCAUAUUCUAGCCUCUGCAUUAAAUGUUGUGUUUGAAUUAUGUGACUACUUUCAAAGUAACAGAAUAUAGACAUCGUCGACACAUAAUAGCAGCGAACGAACGCAUUUAUAGUACUAUAAUACUCUUAUCACACAAUCUAAUAUUCAACCGCAUGCAAGGUCACGAAGAAACACAUGUAAUUCGAUAACGAUCUUCAUUUCACAUUUUAUGACUAAAAACGUUUUCCAGGAAACACUAUCACCAUUUGAUGGCCAUAAGGUCAAAAUAUACUCGUCAACGAUAUGAUCCAAUUGGCUUGAUGUUUUUUUUUUAAAUCAAAAUAAUGGAUAUUGAAUUGUUGUUUCUUGGUGAAAGUGUUUCAUGAAUGUCAUAAUCUAACGCGCAAUAGUCAAAUCUUAAAAAAAGAUGGAAAAGAUUAACUCAGAAGCAAGUAUUGUCUAACAAACUGCAGCUAACAAACCGAGCAAUGUCUUUGUUCAGUUGCAACCAAAUAGCAAAAUCAAAACGAACAAAAUGUAACAUGUGCAACAACUUCUAAUAGAAAUAUACCUUAUUGUAGAUAUUGUGCUCGGCAUAAUCUGAGCCAACAUAACUGAAUUCAUAUAUUUGUUUUUGAUCGAGAAAACUUUAGAGUAUUUACUGUUUUCUAGUAAACCUAUGCAUUAUCGACACAAGAGAAAUAAAUGAAAUUGAUAGCUAAAAAAGUUUAAUCACGUGAAAAAACAGAACCAACACGACUCACAUAAUGGUCUCAAAAGUUUAUAAGCUCGUUAAAAAUAAGUAGAAAGAGAGCUGAAGUAAAAACAAAGAACAUCAUUAUCGCACUAAAUCGAAACAGGGUUAGUUUAUGUUCUAAAUUGGCGAAAAUUCAAAACUUCGCUUUUCACGGUAAAAUUUGACUCGUCAGCACAAGCGUAAAAGAUGGAUGCCUACAAUAAAGUGAAGAAUUGAAUUUCCGGAGCUGUGGAUGGGUUUGGGUAAACAUUUGGAAGCAUUUUGUGGUAAUUGAAACAAGGUUUUGCAUUUAUAG